AUGCUGCGCUCAUCUGUUCUACAGGGUCGGCAGAUACUGUCGUCCUCGGCUCGCCCACGGCCAGCAGCCCAAUGGCUGUCCAGAGCCGGGGCAAGUAGCCGGCUUGCAGGUCAGAGGUUUUUCGCUGAUGCAACUCCUCCUACUCCCGUUACACCUUCGUCCAACACACCAGUUCCCGCAGAGACCGCCGCGAAACCUACCUCAGGUUCCGGAGCUCCUGAAACCCCCACCCCGGCGCCUGCCCGCAAGUCUGGCCGCUUCCGAAGGUUCCUGAUCUACCUCAUCCUUACGUCUGGAUUGGCAUACGGCGGUGGUGUCUUUUUGGCCCUCAAAUCCGACAACUUCCACGACUUCUUCACGGAAUAUGUCCCAUAUGGCGAAGAGUCUGUCCUAUACUUCGAAGAACGUGAUUUCUACCGUCGAUUCCCAAACACGCUGAGACAUACGAACCGUCUUUCUACCGGGCCUCGGGAUGAAGGAAGUCGGGUCACUAUUCCAAGCAAGAGUGGGCUCUACUCUAAAGAGGUUGAAGAAUCUGGAGCCGACGUAUCCCAACAUGGUCCUCACAUGAGCGCUGUUGCGCAAGCUAAGGCCGACGAGGCGACCAUUAAGCCCGCCGCUGCGAAGCCCGAAGAGAAGACUGCCACGGUCAAGCAGGCUAAGAAGCAAGCGCAGGAGCCUGAGAAGCCAAAGGAAGAACCUAAGCAGGAGCCCAAGCUCCCCGCUGCACCCGCGGUCACAACCCUUGAGUUUGCCAAUGUCAGCGAAGGCGACGAGCCGAUCGUUCAGGAGCUAGUGAAGACCUUCAACGACAUCGUCACUGUCAUUAGCGCCGACGAGAACUCGGCUAAGUAUUCUAAACCGGUGGAGAAGGCAAAGGAGGAGCUGCAGAAGAUUGGCGAACAGAUUAUCAGCGUUCGUGAUGAGGCACGUCGCGCUGCUCAAGAGGAAAUCGAAAAGGCUCACGCUACCUUCGAUGAGUCUGCGCGUGAACUCAUCCGUCAAUUCGAAGCGGUACGUGAGAACGAUGCUGCUCAGUACCGCGAAGAAUUCGAGGCAGAACGUGAGAGGCUAGCGCGCGCCUACCAGCAGAAGAUUGAGACAGAAAUGCAAAGGGCUCUGGAAAUUGCCGAGCAGCGUCUCCAGAACGAACUCGUGGAGCAGGCAAUUGAAUUGAACCGCAAGUACCUGCAUGAUGUGAAGGACCUUGUCGAACGUGAAAGAGAUGGCCGCCUCAGCAAGCUAUCUGAGCUCACCUCUAGCGUUAGCGAACUCGAGAAACUCACGACCGGGUGGAGGGAAGUUAUCGAUACCAACCUCAAGACCCAGCAGCUCCAGGUGGCCGUGGAUGCAGUUAGAUCUGCUCUCGAGCGCUCAACUGUUCCCCGGCCGUUCGUGCGCGAAUUGGUCGCUGUCAAGGAGCUGGCAGGUGACGACCCUGUCGUUGAAGCCGCUAUUGCUUCUAUCAACCCCACAGCUUACCAGCGCGGUAUUCCCUCUACAUCCCAGAUCAUCGAGCGUUUCCGUAGGGUCGCCGAUGAAGUCCGCAAAGCUAGCCUGCUCCCCGAGGAUGCCGGUAUUGCCAGCCACGCGGCGAGCUUAGUCUUGAGCAAGGUUAUGUUUAAGAAGGAUGCCGAGGCUGGUAGCGAUGAUGUUGAGAGUGUUCUGCUGCGAACUGAGAACCUGUUGGAAGAAGGCAACCUGGAUGAUGCUGCGCGUGAAAUGAACUCUCUGAAGGGGUGGGCUAAGAUCCUGAGCAAGGACUGGCUGGCGGAUGUGCGCAGGGUUCUGGAGGUGAAGCAGGCUUUAGAAGUUAUUGAAACUGAGGCGCGCCUCCAGUGCCUGAGGGUUGAGUAG